UUACAACUAGUACUCGUCACGCAGUUACUGCCAUAGGUUCGUUUGCUGCCUGUGUUGGGUUGCAACCUCCGCCCGAGUAGGGGUGGGUGCCAACAUGUCACAACCACUGAACACUCAGCAGCAGUUGAGCCUCGUGAACUGCGAUUCGUAUGCUGAGCGCUUGUCAGACACAUCUUUAGAUAAUCAAUCACGUCUCCGCCUCGUCAACGACCUCCGUGAAUCGAUCGAAUCAUUUCAAGACGAUGAUCAGCAGCGGCUCAUUACCACUCUUGCCCCUAGAUUCUUUGCUAUCCUCACUGAGGAGCAACCUGCUUUCAUCAGCAAUUCUCCAAUCCAAAAACUGCGAAACACUGUUCUGGAGAUAAUACAACGAUUGCCACAGAAUGACACACUGAAAGGGUUGAUGCCGGACCUUAUGAAGGCACUCAUGCAUGUCCUGCGGGAAGAUAACGAAGACAAUGGAUGUUUGGCCCUCAAGAUUAUGGUGGAUCUACAUAAGGCUUAUAAGGCAGCCUUGGAAGAUUGGGUUCAGCCGUUUUUUGAUAUCGUACAGGAGAUGUACCGGAACAUGGAGCAGGCUGUGAAGGACGUCUUUGAUGAGUCGGCUGCCAGCACUCCUGUAAUGCCGCAACCUACCCUCCCACCGCCAGGGUCGCCGGCGCAAAGCGAUAGUGGAGAGCCUUCUACUCGAGUCUUGCAGAAAAGUCUGUACAGUUUCAAAGUACUGACAGAGUGUCCGAUAAUUAUUGCUCUUCUUUUUCAACUCUAUCGAAAAUACGUUAAUGCAAAUGUACCGGUGUUUGUUCCCCUGAUCAUUCACUGUUUGACUCUACUCCCUGCCCAGCAACGACAGGAGCUGGCUGACGCUGACGCGGCUGGUGUUGUAUACGUUGGAAUAAGCGCAAACGUGAGAAAUCGGGCCGCGCUCACAGAUUUUAUCAUGCUGCAAGUGAAGACUGUCUCAUUCAUUGCGUACAUUUUGAGGAGUUUUGUACCAAUUUUGAAGCCGUAUCAGCAGCAAAUUGCAGAUGCUGUCGUGGUCUUGAUGAGAUCGUGCCCGCCUGAUGCCGCUGCUACCCGCAAGGAGCUGUUGGUAGCUACACGGCAUAUUUGGUACACGGACUUCCGCCAUGCGUUUGUCAAACACGUCGAUAUUCUUUUAAAUGAGGAUGUGUUGGUAGGGAGUGGAGUGACCGCCAAGGAGACCCUGCGACCCAUUGCACACAGUGUCCUUGUGGACUUGAUACAUCACGUCCGUGCCGAUCUUUCAAUUGCACAACUUUCCCGUGCCAUUCAUAUGUACUCGCGAAAUCUGCAUGAUCCGAACUUUGCCCCAAAUAUCCAGACAAUGUGCGCAAAGUUGCUGUUAAACAUUGUCGACUGCCUUGCUGGAUUGGACGACAAGCGCGAAGCACGUGGCUUGCUAUUGAGAAUACUACGCACAUUUGCAUCAAAGUUUACUUCCCUACGCAUGGCAUUUCCGGUUGUCCUCGAGCAUCAUCGACGGAAAAAGACUCAGCCACCCCAAUCCCAAAAAGCGUCCGAAGGAACGCCGUUGCUGUCUGAUACGGAUGGUUACCUCGACCUUGGAUAUGCGCAACCAAUUCGAACAUACAUUCGAGCAUUUGAGGGGUCACCUGAUGUCGUUAAAGAUAUCCGAUUCCUAUUCAAAAACAUGGUCCAGGGGCUUAAAGCCAUACUGAAUGCGUUGCGCCUUUGUAAUCCCCCUCCCCCUCAAGGAAAAAGCCCAGAAGCCUGGAACACCGUAGCUCGUGGCUUUUCACGAGAGGAUGUUGAUGUUUUAAUAUGUACACUCAGAGACGGUCUGGGAUGCUUCGACUACUGGAUCAUAGACUCGAUGAAUCAAGAAGGGGGAACGACGAAUGUAAAUGAAAAGAUUUCGCCGAACAUCAUUGGCUCGAAAGAAGAAAAGGAAGUUUUUGAGGCCUUUGCAUCCACUUUUACCUUGAUUGAGCCGCCAGUCUUCCAAGAUGUAUUCUCGUCACAAAUUGAUUUCAUUUUCGAACAGAUUUUGAAGAACAUUUCUGUCCUCGCUCUACCGCAGUACUUUCUCGCUAGCACGAUUGUAUCACCAACAUUUGCGGGAUUGAUGCUUCGCUUUCUGGUGGAUCGGCUCGAAAAAUUAGGCGAUUCAGAUCCGCUUUAUGCAUCCGUCAUGCUGCGGCUGUUCAAGCUACUGUUCAUGUCAGUGACACUUUUCCCGGAGAAGAAUGAAGCCGUCCUUCGACCUCAGAUCGGAAACAUAAUUAUGACUUCAAUGAAAUUGUCGACUAAAGCAAAGGAAUCCUUGAACUAUUUUCUUCUCCUCCGUGCACUGUUUAGAAGUAUUGGAGGCGGCCGGUUCGAAAUGCUCUAUCAGGAAGUGUUACCCCUCCUUCAAGUGCUUCUGGAGGGGCUGAAUGGUUUGCUAGCAACUGCUCACCAACCGCAUCUACGAGAGUUAUUUGUCGAACUUUGCCUAACGGUGCCAGUCCGGCUCAGUGUGCUUCUACCGUAUCUGUCAUACUUGAUGAAGCCUCUGGUGCUUGCUUUGGAGGCUGGGCCAGAGCUUGUCAGCCAGGGCUUGCGUACACUGGAACUCUGCGUUGAUAACCUGACACAAGACUUUCUCGAACCCAUUAUGCGUCCGGUGUUGAAAGAUUUGAUGGCUGCUCUCCGCAAACAUCUGAAGCCGCUACCGUACAACCAGACUCAUAGCCAUGCAGCGGUGCGAAUCCUUGGAAAACUGGGUGGUCGCAACAGGCGGUAUGUCAAGGAUCCGGUAGACCUCCUUCACAUUAUUAACAGGGAGAAGCAACUGGAGGUUUCACUACCUUUUCAUGGGGCUGAACCGAGUACGAUAGCACUGGACAACAUCCUGGACUUGUCAGGUCGCAUAUUGGACGACUCUGGAAGCUCGCUGCAUUUUAAGGAGCAAGCAUUCAUCUUUGCCAAAGCAUGUCUGCCAUUGCUGCUUGAUGUUGAUGACGGUACGGAUGAUUACGCUCAGCGGCUCCACGGGCUUGCUCAACAAUUUUUGGGGAGGGUCAAGCAGGAGGAGAAGCCUGGAUCCGUCGAUAUGGAAGGUGUGAAACAGAGCGAAGUGGAGAAAGCAGAAGCCGCCAAUGAAGAUGUGCACCCUUUCAUCGAUCCCCCUCUGAUCACAGGUGAUAAGAGAGAAUCGCAUGAGAAGGCGGUGACGCGAGCCAUCGCCGCCAUUUUCAUAGCCUCAACAGAGGGCGCGCUACGCGAACAGGCGUGGCCACUAGUUGAACACCUAUGCCGUCACUUUGCCAUGUUAAGCAUAGCGGAGACGGUUGAAGCACAGAAGGCUACAAAGCCUGACAAUGCGAAAGGUCUGCUGGCUACAGGCAGGUCGUCCUCCGUGAACGGUUUUCUUGAAGCGGUGGUCGAGGUCAUCACAUCGGAAAGCCAAGACCGACGACAUCUGGCCGAAAAGGCCAUUCAACUCUUCUACGAUACCUGCGUGGUAGUUCUUGGCGGCAAAGAAGCAGCAGAUGAGCUGCCUGUCAUGCAUACCAUUGCCUCUCGCUUCUGUUCCUGCUGUUAUCAACAGGAGUGGUUCCAUAGGACAGGAGGCUGUCUCGGUAUUGCCAUUUUCAGUUCGCAAUUACAUAUGGGAACCAAGUGGAUGCUCAGUCAUCAAUUAGAGUUUGUCAAGGCGCUUUUGUACGUUCUCAAGGACAGGUCACCCGAUAUGGCAAUGGGUAGUGUGGAAGAUGCAACCCAGACUCUAUCACAUGUACUUAAAGUCUGUAAUCGACCAGAAGGAGAAGAAGGCACAUCCCUACGUCAGGCAAAGUUUCACAGCCUAAUUUCUUUGCUGAUCUCAGAGUUGUCGGAUUCCAGCGGUGCGGUUCGGGAAACGAUUCAAUCGGCAUUACAGUUGUUGGCUGAUUUAACUGGUAGUGAGGUUACUGAGCUGCUAUCGCCUGUGAAGCAAACACUGCUGCAACGGAUUUUUGCCAAGCCGCUCCGAGCGUUGCCGUUUGCUAUGCAGAUUGGCCACAUUGACGCCAUCACCUAUUGUUUGUCAUUACGACCGCCGCUCCUUGUGUUUGGAGACGAAUUGAUGCGAUUGAUCCAGGAGGCGUUGGCUUUGGCGGACGCUGAGGAUCAAGCAUUAGUGAGCAAGACCUCUCACGUCAAGAAUGCCAACUCAUUGAUCAGCCUUCGUGUGGUUUGCCUUAAGCUUUUGUCCGCAGCCAUGGCGUGUGCGGAUUUUCAGGCUCCCAGACAAGCAAAUACGAGGUCUCGUAUUGUCUCAGUGUUCUUCAAAUCUCUAUAUUCGAAAUCUCCCGAGGUCGUGGAUACCGCAUUUAAAGGUUUGCAACAGAUUCUUAAUCAGCAAGGGAAGCUUCCGAAGGAGCAACUUCAGGCCGGCCUGCGCCCAAUCUUGGUUAAUCUGUCAGAUCACAAACGGCUGAACGUAGCUGGAUUGGAAGGGUUGGCUCGGCUAUUAGAGCUACUGACAAAUUACUUCAAGGUCGAGAUUGGUAAGAAGCUUUUGGACCACCUCCGCCAGUGGGGAACUCCAACCAUGUUAGCCGAGGUGUCAGGGAAACCCCUGACCGAGAUCGAGGACAUCAAGGUGAUGGUGGCCAUCUUGGAUAUCUUCCCUUUGUUGCCCGCAACUGCGAAUGUGUUCAUGGACGAUAUGAUCAAAGAGAUUCUGUCAUUGGAGGGUCAUCUGCGACGUACGAUAUCAAGUCCUUUCCGCCCUCCUCUGAUCAAGUUUUUGAAUAGAUAUCCCGCGGAAGCCGUAACUCUCUUCUUUGACAACUUACAUCAAGCACCAUAUGGAGAACUUCUGAUUGAUCUACUGGCCUCGACAGAAGCAUCCGUCUUUCGUUUGGAGGUCAUGAAGAGCGUGGAUGCACUGGUGGCAAAGUCGAUUGGAUACCCGGAAGAGGGAACGGAUGCUACUGCUCGGCACGUUCGGGGUGUUUUGAUUGUCGGUGAAUUAUGUCGCUGGCAGCCAGACUGGUUGGCUCAGAAUAAAGUGAUUUUGGAGAAUGUUGCGCAGUUGUGGAAGGUACACCGGGCACAGCCGAUCAACUGGAGCGAUACGACGCACCCCCCGGGACAGUUCACUCAAUAUAUUGUAGAAAUUUACAUAUCUUACCUCAAGGCGGAGCCCGAUGACAUUGGCGCAUUGUUCGAGAUCAUGGAGGUGUUUGAGCAAGAGGACGUCAUCGACACGGGGCUCAUUAGACAGUAUCUAUUCGAUGAUGUUAUAAUGCGCUACGGUCCGCAACAUAAACGGUCCAUCCUUGAGAGAUAUCUCGAAAUAUUUGACGAUGUCUCGAAAAGUCAGAGCCGCAAAGCCCGUAUUUUGCGGCUGUUGGUGACACCGAUGUUAAGAGCCUCCCUCGAGAAGGGCGAAGCGGCAGAGGUACUGGACACCAAUAUCAUUAACACGAUUCACAAAAAGAUUUGGCUUCCUUUACAUUCGGAAACUGGGAUAGCUCUGAAUCUCCACGACAGCUUCAAGGUAGAAUUGCUACAGUUCACAUCUCUUCUCGUCCAAUAUGUCCCUCGCGAAACGCGAAAGGACGUGAUCAAAUUUGCGUGGAAUAAUAUCAAGCUUGAAGACGUCAUUUGCAAGCAAGCUGCAUAUGUUUUACUGGCGCGGUGGAUUGAAGAGUACGAAACUCCGGCGAGAAUUGUCGUUCAGAUAUAUAUUGCGCUCCUGCGAGCUCAUCAAUCGGAUACACCCCAAGGGCGCGUGCUCGUCCGUCAAGCGCUUGAUAUCCUAUUCCCAGUGCUUCCGAAGCGGAUAGGUAUCAAUGUGUCGGGAGAGGCGCAAUCAUCCUUGCCUUUGUAUGUGCGAUGGGCGCGAAAGAUUAUUAUCGAGGACGGUCAUAGCUUCCCGCAGUUGGUAACGAUUUACCAGCUGUUAGCCCGAUACCCGGAUCUCUUUUACGAUUGGAAACACCUUUUCGUGCCAGGAGUCGUCAAAUCGCUGAUGAAAUUGGCUUUUUCUACACAUGCCACCCCAGAAUCACGACUUUUAACGGUCGAUCUUUGUGAUCUGUUGUUGCAGUGGGAUAGACGUCAUUUGGGCAUGGAAACGGGGGAAGAUCCAAUGGACUGGGAGCCGUACGGGGACGGUAAUGUUGGGGAGAAGCGUAAAUCAGUCGCAAGUAGCGGUCCGGUGACUCCCAAGAGACACGCGAGCGCCGAACCCGACGCCAUGGAUGUAGACAAACCCGUUGUUUCCGCUCCUGUCAAAGAAGAAGCUGAACCGAAAGAAAGCAUCAUUAGCAGCGAAGAUCAUGCUACUGUACUCUCCUAUUUGAUCCGCAUUGCCAGCAGCUUGACGGAUUCUAUCCAGAAGAAGGGAACGUCCUUCCGUGUCGUGAGCCUCGUACGCGAGUGCUUGAAGGUGUGGCCUGACGUCGAGGUCAACCUGGUAAACUUUGAAAGGGCUGUAACGCUGGAGGUUGCUGAAAAUCACAUGAAUCAAAUCUCGAACGCCGUCCAGAUCCUGGCUAUCGUCACGGAGUUUAAGUCGGAAGAGUGGAUCAUAUCGAACAUUGCCUAUAUUCAUAAAUGCGUGGAUAGAUGGGUCAAGACAGACAAUGUUCGCAUUUCAAAGAUGCUCACGCCAGUGAUCAGUCGCCUAUUCGACGCAAUCGACGUAAUGAGAGACGAGGAACCGUCGGAAGCCUUGUCGACCUUCACCAAAAUGAUUGAAUCCAAAAUCCAGACAGGGCUGAAAGAAGUUACUUCGGCUUCGGCCGCAGCAAGCAACCCCCCAACUGCGAACAAUUCUCCGUCUCACAUUUAUUGUGUGCUAUCCUUAAUCAGCAGUGUACAAGCGAGAUCUGAGCAUGUCUAUCUGACUGAUUUGAUGAAAUUGCUAGCGAAAUUGGUCAAAGAUCAUCAAGACCAACCACUAGGACAAGCGACACCGCCUCCGGAUUCACCCUCGCGCCUCCUGGUCAUGCUUCUUGGUUUGUUGAAUCCUCGCGUGUCGCAGAUGGGUGAACACAGAAGAAUAUUCCUGCAAUCGUUAGUACAGCUGAUGGACUUUUCAGCAGACACUGAGUUGCUACGUACUAUAUUGAACAUGGUGCGUCACUGGGUUCUCGGGAGUGCCGAAUCCUUCCCGACGAUUAAAGAAAAAUCCAAUCUUCUGGUCAAAAUGAUGAUGUCGUUUGACAUUCGCGGUGAUCAAAAACUGUUGGAGGAGUAUCUAGAUCUGGUGGCUAUCAUCUACAGCACCUCGUCUUUUGCUCGGUCAGAGCUUACCGUUCGUCUGGAACAAGCAUUUUUGAUGGGAACCAAGAACGAGAAUCCGUCGAUACGACGAAGAUUUGCCGAUAUAUUCCACCAGAGCAUCGGCAAAUCGGUGUAUAUCCGUCUCAACUAUAUUCUGGGCGUGCAAAACUGGGAUCACCUCGCAUCAUACUUCUGGCUCCGGCAAGCGCUCGAUCUACUACUUGGAAGUGUAUUGACCACAGACCACCUGCAUACGUGCGCGCCGGGUUACCGAACUGCCUCUAUAACUGCGCUGGAUGCCUCGGAAGAUAAUAUGGCAAUCGAAAGCACAACAACAAGUGACGAACGCUUUCCGGCUGUCAUGGAACAUCACCGCGAGUUUUUGCGUGAUCUCCAGUCGCUCACAUUGGAAACCCUUGUGGAUUCACUUCGUCAGCUGUUGUACUCUGACGAUAACGUCACCUACGCAAUGUGGGUUGAUAUAUUCCCGCUCUGUUGGGGUUUGCUCAACCCUCGAGAGCGGCAUGACGUACAUAAGGUUAUAAUACCUCUGCUGGCGAAGGACUACCAUAUCAAACAGGUUGAUAUGCGACCCAACGUCAUUCAAGCGUUACUUGAGGGCAUUUGCCAGUGCGAGGCAGCAAUCCAACCUCGGUUACCCCCUCAGCUAGUACGAUAUUUAGGGAAGACAUACGACGCCUGGUACAUUGCAGUGGAGUUGCUACAACAGUCCAUUGUGGACACGCGGUUCGCCGGAGUAUUGGCAGCGAAAGAGGAUGAGAAAAUUAGAGAGAGCACGAUUGAUGCCCUCUGUGAGAUUUUCUGGAGCCUCUCUGAAGCUGAUUACUUCUACGGACUGUGGCGACGACGCAGCCUUUUUGCUGAGACGAAUGCGGCGAUAUCCUAUGAGCAAGGGGGUAUGUGGGCUCAAGCUCAACGGCUGUAUGAAGCCGCCCAAGCGAAGGCGCGAACAGGCGUUUUGCCAUUUACUGAAUCCGAAUACCGACUUUGGGAGGAUCAUUGGGUCUAUUCAGCAGAGCGGUUACAGCAGUGGGAUCUCUUGACCGACUUGUCGAAACAGGAGGCCAAUGCAGAAUUAUUUUUGGAAUGCGCGUGGCGACUCUCUGACUGGACCAGUGAACGCGAGUCGCUGCAGACUGCGUUAGAAUCGAUGCAAGAUAGCCCUCGACGGAAGGUCUUUCAGUCGUUCAGUUUACUGUUAAGAUACCAAGAAGGACCCGAACGCCAAGCGGAAUUCCAUAAGCUUUGCGACGAAGGGGUGCAAAGCAGCUUAAAGCGCUGGUUCAUCCUACCAAAACAAGGACUCAAUGCCCAUAUACCUCUGUUGCAUACCUUCCAGCAGUUUGUGGAAUUACAUGAGGGAGCUCAGAUACAACAGAUCCUCAAUACGACUACAGUGGUGAACAUACAAGAUAAGCAACAGGAACUAAAAGGAAUCUUCACCACUUGGCGAGAUCGACUUCCGAACAUGUGGGAUGACAUUACCUUGUGGAGUGAUAUUGUUGCUUGGCGUCAGCACGUGUUUCAGAUAGUGAACAAGGCAUACCUUCCACUGAUUCCUCAGCUUAAUGUGCAACACAAUGGGAACGGUGUGAGAGAUAAUCCGAGCUCUGUGGCGUUUCGCGGAUACCAUGAAACGGCAUGGACCAUCAACCGAUUCGCUCACGUCGCGCGGAAACAUCAGUUGAUCGAUGUCUGCAACGACUCGCUGAGCAAAAUUUACACACUGCCAAACAUUGAGAUUCAUGAGGCGUUCUUCAAAUUGCGCGAGCAAGCUAAAAGCUAUUUCGUGAAUGCCACUGAUUACGCUACCGGUCUUGAUGUGAUCAACAAUACGAAUCUGCUCUACUUCAAUCCCCAGCAAAAGGCAGAAUUCUUUGCCUUAAAGGGCAUCUUCUUUGCAAAAUUGAACCUUCAUGACGAUGCAGAAAAAGCGUUCUCUUCCUCUAUUCAACUUGAGACGACAUUAGCGAAAGGUUGGGCAGCUUUUGCCCAGUAUAACGAUCGUAUGUUCAAAGAACGACCUACGGAGAUCAAAUAUGGUGCUGGGGCUAUGAACUGCUACUUGCAGGCUGCCGGUAUCUAUCAGAAUGCCCGCUCACGAAAGUUCUUGGCACGGAUAUUAUGGCUAUUGAGCUUGGAUGAUAAUGAGAAUACAAUUGCCAACGCGUUCGACGAGUACAAGGGUGAUGUUCCGAUCUGGUAUUGGAUUACAUUUAUACCACAACUUCUGGCUGCCCUGUCGAACAAAGAAGCUUCCCAAGCAAAGGAGAUACUCAAGAAGAUUGCGAAGCAGUACCCGCAGGCUCUCUAUUUCCAGUUGCGGACGGCACGCGAUGAUUACUUGAUAUCAAAAAAGCAGGCAGCAUCCACCACAUCUGCUGGUGCACCCCGCCAACCGGAUCAGCCUCCUCAGACUCCAACCAAUACUGAACCCCAGGGGCCACAACAAGGUGAUGCGGCAUCCGCGCAGGCCACUAAUGGAACUUCCGCCGUAACCCAGCGAAGGUACACGCCCUGGGAGCAUCUCGAGGAAGUCAAUGCCGUUGUCAAGACUGCAUUCCCACUUCUUGCCCUGUCUAUGGAAACGAUGUUGGACCAGAUAAUGCAAAGAUUAAAACCGACCACUGACGAGGACAUUUAUCGGUUAAUAGUAGCCCUGCUCAAUGACGGUGUUCAGAUGUUUUUGCAGCAACUUUCUCGCGAUGCAGGAGAUCAAGGGGGAGCUUUGUCUCCCGCUACGGAGGUGAAUCUGUUGCGAUUUGCUGAAAGCAUGUACCCGAAUCACAUCAAAUACAAGGCGGCAUUUGAACAAGAUUUCAUUAAGAGUAAGCCGAACCUUGCACAGCUUGUAGAGCGGUUUAGAGAGUGGCGGGACAAGUUGGAAAUCUUGCUUGACAGCCGCCCACGGCGACAACAUCUCGAGCACUUCAGUCACUGGCUUGUAGAAUUCGAAUAUCAGAAAUUUGAGGACAUUGAAGUACCUGGACAGUACUUCUUGAUGAAGGACAAUAACAAAGACUUUGUGCGCAUCGACCGUUUUGAACCGGAGGUCGAUUUGAUACGUGGCUACCUUGCCUGUCACCGCCGCUUUACGAUUCGGGGUCACGAUGGAACUUUCCAUCCGUUCAGCGUCCAGCAUCCGGCUGCAAGACAUUGCCGUCGGGAGGAACGGAUCAUCCAGCUCUUCCGCAUUCUCAACAGCGUCAUGGAACGACGGAGAGAAAGUCGACGACGAAAUCUCUCCUUCCACCUUCCCAUUAUCGUACCGCUUGCACCUACUGUCCGACUGGUGCAGGAUGAUCCUAGUUACAUCACGUUGCAAGAAAUUUGGGAAGAUUAUUGUGCCCAGAAAGGACAGCACAAGGAUGACCCGAUUAUGUUUUACAUCAAUCGCAUGCGUGACGUAUAUGCUUCUGAGGAGUUUGCUAAGCGCGGGAAACUGGAUAAAGUUGAGAUGCUAAAUUUGAAAGCUGAACUUUUGGAGGACAUUGCAUCGAAGUUCAUGCCGGACAAUAUCUUGACAAAGUUCAUCACGAAGAGCCUGGCAUCAUAUGGAGAGUUGUGGACCAUGCGAAAGCACUUUACCCAGUCAUUGGCAGCGGUGACGUUCAUGACGCAUGUGAUGAGCGUUGGACAGAGAACACCUCACAAGUUCCACAUCUCUCGUCGUUCUGGCAGCAUAUGGGCAUCGGACCUGUUACCAAGUUUGUCUACUACCACAUAUUUGUUUUCAAAUGGGGAGCCGGUACCGUUCCGGUUUACACCCAACAUACAAACGUUCCUAACGCCCAUUGGCGUGGAAGGCGUCUUUGCAUCUUCCCUUCAAGCUAUCGGACGUGCAUUGACAGAACCAGAUUAUGAACUAGAAGACUAUCUCAGUAUCUUUGUCCGUGACGAAUUAGUAACGUGGCAAAACAUUGCUCGCAAGCCACCAUUACAGGAGGCGCAACUCAGGGAAUUUGUUACGCAAAAUGUAGACCUUGUUCUGAAGCGGACUCACGGCAUCGCGUGCAGAGCAGAAAGAGAGCGGGGCAUCGAGCGGUGUGAGCCGGCAAAUCAAACCAUUCUAGACUUGAUAUCCAAUGCCGUUAAUCCGCAUAAGCUUUGCCAGAUGGAUGUCUCUUAUAUGGCGCGACUUUGAUGCACUAAUUGUAUAAUGUGUAAAUACGCUAUAUGUAUAUUUUUUUACCUGUAGAAUGGAUGGAGAUGCUUCUAAAGAUAUUGAUUUGUUUUACUACGCUACAAAUACGCCCUAUGCUAAGAGAAUGUAUUUAUGUAAAUGUUGGGGAAUUGCAUCUAACAAGCCCUUGCUCUCCAA